AUGAAAUUCUCAACUGCUACUGUCGCAGCUUUUGCUGCUGUUAUGGGUUCAGUUUCUGCUGCUCCUCAUGCUCAUGCUGAUAACUUAGUUAAACGUGAUGCUGAUUGUGCUACCACUGCUCAUCAUCAUCAUCAUCAACAUAAAAGAGCUGUUGCCGUUGAAUAUGUUUACUCAACUGUUGUUGUUAAUGCUCAAGGUGAAACCAUUACUCCAUCAUCAACUCAAACCACUUUAGAACCAAGUUCAUCCGCUGAAGCUGUCAACAGACAAGUUCAAAAAUCAUCAUCAGCAUCAUCAUCAUCAACUUCAACUUCAACUUCAUCUUCUGCUGAAACUUCAUCAACCCAAGCUGCGUCUUCAUCAUCAAAAGAAGAAUCAUCAUCAACUUCAACCUCAUCAACUUCAUCAUCUACUUCAACUGGCGGUGGUUCUUCAGGUGGUAUUUAUGGUGAUUUAUCAUCUUUCUCAAAUCCAACCAAAGAAUUCCAAGAUGAUACUAUUGACUGUACCGAUUUCGACUCAUUAGUUGGUCAAGGUGUUAUUGCUUUAGAUAACUUAGAUUUUGGUGGUUUCUCUGGUAUUUAUCAUCCAAGUGAUACUUCAACUGGUGGUUCAUGUAAAGAAGGUGCUUACUGUUCUUACGCUUGUCAACCAGGUAUGUCCAAGACCCAAUGGCCAUCAUCUCAACCAGGUAACGGUGUCUCAGUUGGUGGUUUAGUCUGUAAGAAUGGUAAAUUAAGAAGAUCAAACACUGAUCAAAAAUACUUAUGUGAAUGGGGUGUUGAUGCUGCUUACGUUAAAAAUGAAUUGAGUAAAGAUGUUGCCAUCUGUAGAACUGAUUACCCAGGUACAGAAAACAUGGUUAUUCCAACUUAUGUUCAAGGUGGUAAAACUUUACCAUUAACUGUUGUUGAUCAAUCAACUUAUUACCAAUGGGGUGGUAAAGGUACUUCAGCUCAAUAUUAUGUUAAUGAUGCUGGUGUUUCAUAUGAAAAAGGUUGUGUUUGGGGUUCAGAAGGUUCCGGUAUUGGUAACUGGGCUCCAUUAAACUUUGGUGCUGGUGCGGUUAAUGGUAUUUCAUACUUAUCAUUAAUUCCAAACCCAAACAACAAUAACGCAUUGAACUUUAACGUUAAAAUUGUUGCUGCUGACGACGAUUCAGUUGUUUCUGGUGACUGUAAAUAUGAAAAUGGUAAAUACUUGAAUGGUCAAGAUGGUUGUACCGCUGGUGUUACUAAAGGUAAAGCCGUUUUCGUUUUAUACAACUAA